ACCAGACUUGUUCAGGUGUCACAAGACUUAGAGAAUGAGAAGGGGCACGACCUGAGCACAGACGAGCAUAAAGGCAGAGGGGAAACAUAAUUAUACAACAAAAAACUAAAAUAAACCAAUAGAGGAGGAGGAAGUGUGCAGUGGUUUUGGAUCUCAAAAGAAAAUGGAUGGUUUUAAAAACGCUCGCAUCAGGCGCUACUCCGAGGUGAUGACACUGCCAGACUCUUUCAUCCAACGCCAGCAGCUGGAUGCCAGCAUGGCGGACACCUUCCUGGAGCAUCUCUGUCUGCUGGACAUUGACCAAGAGCCAAUCACAGCGCGCAACACCAGCAUAAUCUGCACCAUCGGUCCUGCAUCCCGAUCAAUCCCCAAACUCCACGAGAUGAUCAAGGCAGGAAUGAACAUUGCUCGCCUUAAUUUCUCUCAUGGCUCUCAUGAAUACCACGGUGAAACCAUCAAAAACAUCCGAGAGGCUGUUGAGACAAUAACCCCUGACCCCUUGUAUUAUCGGCCGGUUGCCAUUGCCUUGGAUACGAAGGGUCCAGAGAUCCGCACCGGAUUAGUGAAAGGGAAAGUGGAGGAGGAAGUGUUGCUGGAAAAGGGCAGCCAUGUCCGUGUGGUGACAGCAGAGAGUGACAAAGACAAAACAAACGGGAAGAUUAUCUGGGUGGACUACUCCAGCCUGCCCAAAGUCCUCAAGAAGGGAGGCAAGAUCUACAUUGAUGAUGGCCUCAUUGGACUCAAAGUACUAGAAACUGGUCCUGACUGGGUGGAUACGGUGGUGGAGUCUGGUGGGCUGCUGUGCAGUUGUAAAGGCGUUAACCUCCCUGGCUGCGACCUUAUCGGCUUGCAGGCGGUCAGCCAGCGAGACGAGGCCGACCUGAGGUUUGGGGUGGCCCAGGGCAUAGACAUUGUGUUCGCCAGCUUCAUCCGCUCUGCUCAGGAUGUCAAAGAUGUGCGGCAAACUCUGGGGGCACACGGACGAGACAUCAAGGUGAUCAGCAAGGUGGAGAGCCGGCAAGGCGUUCAGAACUUUGAGGAGAUCCUGGCUGAGAGCGAUGGCGUGAUGGUUGCCAGGGGCGACCUCGGGAUUGAGAUCCCUGCAGAGAAAGUCUUCAUUGCCCAGAAGAUGAUGAUUGGACGCUGCAACUCUGCCGGCAAGCCGGUCAUCUGUGCCACACAGAUGCUUGAGAGCAUGGUGGCCCACCCACGGCCGACCAGAGCGGAGGGCAGUGACGUCGCCAACGCUGUGCUGGAUGGAGCCGACUGUGUAAUGUUAUCUGGGGAGACCGCCAAGGGACUGUUUCCUGUGGAGGCAGUCGCAAUGAUGCACUCGAUCUGCAGGGAGGCAGAGGCAGCCAUUUUCCACCAGCGGCUGUUUGAGGAGUUGCGUCGCCUCACUCCUCUCUCCUCUGACCCCACAGAGGUCACAGCCAUCGGAGCUGUGGAGUCUUCCUUCAAAUGCUGUGCUGGGGCCAUCAUAGUCCUCACCACCAGCGGCAGGGCGGCACAUCUCCUGUCCAGGUAUCGGCCUCGCUGUCCUAUUAUUUCCAUCACCAGAACCCCUCAGGUGGCCCGUCAGUCUCAGCUGUUAAGAGGAGUGUUUCCUGUCCUCUUCCACCCUCUGCCUGCUCCCGUCUGGGCCGACGACGUAGAUAAUAGGGUCAAUUUCGGCAUGGACAUUGGGAAAGCAAGAGGAUUCUUCAAGACGGGCGACAUGGUGAUUGUGGUGACAGGCUGGAUCCCAGGGUCCGGUCACACUAACAUUAUGAGGGCAGUCAGUGUCCCGUAACAACCAGACCUUACUUGAUUCUAAAUCUGACAUGCUGAUGUAUAAAUGUGAUGAAAACCUGAGAACCAACCCUUUUAAAUUCAAUAAUAACCACUGUCACUUAUAGAUUAACAAAAGCAUUUUAGCAGCAUCAUCAUUGUUAUUUUAACUCAGAUUAUUGUAGGAAAACACUUGCCACUCAAACUGGUCUCAUGAAUAUUGCAUUUGUGUUCAAACGUGUCUUGAAAGUGAUGACUCCCCAAAUAAAACUUGAAUUAUUAAGUUUAA